AUGAUGGAAAAUGGUAAGCAAAAGAUUGGCGUUGCUCAUCCGUUGAUGUUUCAACGCAAUCUAAAUUCUACAACAGAUUCUUUCACAGAUGCUCAAAAAUCUGAAUUUGUAGAUUUUAGUGGACCAACAAAAAACAUGUCACCAUUGGUAAUCCCGUACUUUACAAUGUACAUUGGGUACUGUUUUAAUUCGCAAAAAAAAGAAACAAUGCGCAAUUGACUUACAUCGACCCAAAAAACAGCAAAACCAUUACUCACUAUGCGUAACAUAUUUCCAAAUUGCUUCAAAAAGUUCAGUUUCUCAUGCUUUAUCAUUAGAUAUAAAAAUUACGUUACUUUCGAAAAAUAUUUUUCUUAUUAUACAACAAAAUAUAGGUGGCGAAUUGCUACCUCGUCACUGUACGACCGUUCAAUGAUUUCGUCUUUAGCGAGUCAUGUACGCAGUAGCCUAACACUAUAUGUCUAGUAGAGCCAGAAAACGUGGAGAUGGUACUGGAGGCACCCACACGAGAGGUCGCGUCCGUACUGCACUCGCUGGCGUUCCAAGCGUCUCAACUCGUGGACAUGUAUAAAGCCAGAUCCGAAGUGCUUUGUACGGCGAUAUUGAUCGAAAGGAAUAUCGGAGUCAUCGAGGUCGAACAGGUCCCUUUUUAA